CUGGCUGAAGAAUAAAAAUCAACUUGAUGGAUUCGUUGCUCCUUGGGUCUUUUCCUAAAGCUUGUGCGAUUAGCUCUGGUGGAAGUGGCUGGAGGAGUAAAGGUUACACGAAGAGCUGCUAUGCAAGUUCUUAUGUUAGAAUAACUUCAUGGCAAAAGGCUUGGAAGAUCCAAGAUGAUAAUCAGAUCACAAGGUUCCAUCAUAAUAAUAACAAAGGCAUGGGAGGAGGAUAUACAUGUCCAGAAAGUGACAGAAAAUAUGUUGCGAAUGCAGCCUCUGAACAAUCUUUUGAAUCUGAACCCGGAGCUUAUGAUCAAAAAAACAUUUGGCACUCUGUCACUGGAGUCUUAGAUGCUUUUUACCGGUUUUCCAGGCCACACACAGUUAUUGGAACAGCAUUGAGCAUACUCUCUGUAUCCCUCCUUGCAGUGGAGAAGGUAUCAGAUUUAUCUCCAUUAUUUUUCACUGGAGUAUUGCAGGCUGUGGUGGCUGCCCUCUUUAUGAAUAUUUACAUUGUUGGUUUAAAUCAGUUAUCUGAUAUUGAAAUAGACAAGAUUAACAAGCCAUAUCUUCCAUUGGCAUCUGGGGAGUAUUCCUUCACAACUGGUGUUGCGAUUGUUGCAUCUUUUUCAGUUCUGAGUUUCUGGCUAGGGUGGGUUGUAGGCUCAUGGCCUUUGUUCUGGGCUCUUUCUAUCAGUUUUGUUCUAGGGACUGCUUAUUCAAUCAAUUUGCCCUUGUUGAGAUGGAAGAGAUUUGCAGUGAUAGCGGCAAUGUGCAUCCUGGCUGUUCGGGCAGUAAUUGUUCAACUUGCAUUUUUUCUCCACAUACAGACUCAUGUGUUCAAGAGGCCAGCUCUAUUUUCAAGACCACUGAUUUUUGCUACCGGCUUCAUGAGCUUCUUCUCUGUUGUUAUAGCGUUAUUCAAGGACAUACCAGACAUUGAAGGAGAUAGAGUAUUUGGCAUCCGAUCUUUUUCGGUACGUUUGGGUCAGAAGCGGGUGUUCUGGAUUUGUGUUUCUCUUCUUGAAAUGGCUUAUGGAGUUGCCCUCUUGGUGGGAGCUGCAUCUCCUUGUCUCUGGAGCAAAAUUAUUACGGGUCUCGGGCAUGCCAUUCUAGCUUCAAUCCUCUGGUAUCAGGCCAAAUCCUCAGAUCUUAAGAGCAAAGCUGCCAUAACGUCGUUCUAUAUGUUUAUCUGGAAGUUAUUUUAUGCAGAAUACAUUCUCAUUCCUCUGGUUAGAUGAGAACCCAGCAACAUUAUUGAUUAAAGGAUUAGUUAAAGUAGGGUCUGCCAUUUGUGAUUGUCACUGACCAGUAUUGAUUGUGUUGGUUAAGAUGCAUAAUUGUAGAUGUAGAAUGUGGGAAAUUUGCAUAGUUAUGCCUUUUUGAACAAACCCUGCAAUGGCAAGGAAGAGGCCAGGCAUCACAAUUUGAAAUCAAAAGGCUAAUACAACUGACCCGAUGAUGAGAUCUAGAUUUUCUUAAUUCA